ACGAGUAUAUUCUUAAAUUUAGUAUAGAAAUGCAUUCCGUAGCGGUUAACACUUGGUUUGGCAUUAGCAUUGCGGCUUUGGUGAGCGGCGUUACUGUUUGGCUGGCAUACCGCAAGCGAUGUCGUAGUUGUAAACGACAUCCCAAUGCCGAUGGAUGGCAACAUCUGGGUUCACUGAAAAUCAUAAAUUUUUAUCCUGUCAAAGGUGGUGCACCCUUACGCUUGGAACAAGUGGAAUGUGCGGAAUUCGGGUUGCAUUUAAAUGGUUUGUGGGAACGUUGCUUAGUUGCUUACGAUGACUCCGGUGCUGUGGUGUUUGCUGGUUCCUAUCCACGUACGCUGAGCAUACGAUCAGUGAUCGUGAGAGAAAAAGUGUUGCGAUUAGAGGCGCCGAAUAUGCCAUCAAUUAUUAUGGACUUGAAUGAGUUAUUGAGAGAGCCAUAUCAAGUGUUGGAAAAAGGAAACAAGCGUUUAGUUGAAUGUCGGGUCGAACAUCAUGAGUGGCUAUCGCGUGCCGUACUGCAGCGUGAGAGCGGCUUGAAGUUUUAUGUCAAAUUGAAGGCUUCAAAAGGGAAAGUAGGGGAUUUUUUCCCCGUUAUGGUAAUGCAUGAACGUUCAGUAUAUGAUUUGAAUAAACGUCUGAGUGGGCAAAACAAACCAGUGGAUUGUCAACAGUUUCGUGGUAAUCUAGUUGUUGACAGUAAUACAGAUGUACAACCUUAUAAUGAGGAUAAUUGGAUGUGGCUGAAAAUAGGCAACGAUGCAGAAUGCUCGACGAUCAUGAGUUAUAAUUCCGAUUGCUUGCGCUGUAUUCUGAUUAACGUAAAUGUGGAGGAUUACACCAGAAAUCCUGAUUUUGAACCUCUUCGAACAUUAAAGAAAUAUCGCCUACGUCAAAGUACCAAAGAACCGUCUAUGGGAGUUUAUUUUAAUGUUUAUAAGUGUGGCCUUUUAAAAAUAGGCGAUCCAAUUUAUGUUCAAUAUAUAUAGAUAUAAGAAAUGUACAAUUAAGGUAAGCAAUGCAGAAAAAUAUGUUUUUGUAGAAAACAAGAACUUGAGGUGAUCAGUUGUAGUUGUAGUUAUAUUUAGAUUUUAACAAUGUACGUAUGUAUGAGCAUGUAUUAUAAUAUUGUGUAAUAUAUAUUUAAAAUGUUAUAAAUAUUAGUUGUGUUCGAUGAAA